AUGAAGGACAUCAUCUCGAAAUACCGCCCGGACCUCAAGCCCUUCGAGGAGAUCUACCGCCACCUCCACCAGAACCCCGAACUCUCGGGCCAGGAGCAGGAAACCGCCGCGACGGCCGCGGAGCACCUCAGGAGCCUGGGGUUUGAGGUGCACACGAACCUCGGCGGGCACGGGGUGGCGGGGGUGCUCCGCAACGGCGCGGGCCCCACGGUGCUGGUGCGGGCCGACAUGGACGCCCUCCCCGUGGAGGAGAAGACGGGCCUGGCGUACGCCAGCACGAAGACGACGACGGACGCGGAGGGCGUGACGCGGCCCGUCAUGCACGCGUGCGGGCACGACACGCACGUUGCCAGCCUGAUGGCCAGCGCGGCGCUCCUGCACGCCGCCCGCGCCCACUGGGCCGGCACGCUGGUGUGCAUCUUCCAGCCGGCCGAGGAGCAGCUGGACGGGGCGCGCGCCAUGCUCGCCGACGGGCUGUAUGAGAAGAUCCCCGCGCCCGAGGUCGUGCUGGCCCAGCACGUCAUGCGCAUGCGGACCGGCACCGUCAGCGUGCGCGCCGGCCGCUUCCUCACCGCCGCCGACGCCUUCGACGUCCGCAUCUACGGCCGCGGCGGCCACGGCUCCGCGCCCCAUACCUGCAUCGACCCCAUCGUCGCCGGCGCCGCCGUCGUCACUAAGCUGCAGAGCAUCGUCAGUCGCGAGGUCACGCCCGGCGAGAUGGCCGUCGUCACCUGCGGCAGUAUCCAGGCCGGCCACGCCCAUAACAUCAUCCCGGAUUACUGUGAUCUCAAGUUGAAUGUCCGGACGUAUGAUGCGGGCAUCCGGAAGCGCGUGGUCGAGUCGAUCCGGCGGAUCGUCGAGGCCGAGUGCGAGGCCGCCGGUUGCGUGGAGAAACCCUUGGUGAAGCUUACAUAUUCCACCCCGGCGACGAUCAACGAUGGGCAGCUGGUCAAGACGCUGAAGGGUGCCUUUGGGGAUUAUUUCCAGGAUGGGCUCGUCGAGUCGGAGCCCGCGGCCGCGAGUGAGGAUUUCUCGCUGCUGGCCACGGCGGUGGGCGCGCCGUAUGUGAUGUGGACGUUUGGCGGCGUGGAUGCCGACACCUGGGAUGAUGCCGUCAAGAGGGAUGUCGUCCGCGAGCUGCCGAGUAACCACUCGCCGUUCUUCGCCCCGGUCAUUGAACCUACGCUGCAGACGGCGGUGGAUGCUAUGGCCGUGGCGGCGAUGACCUUCUUGCAACAAAGAAAAUGA